AAUAUAAGCAACUCAAGAAAUUAUGAUUUUGGUACAAAGACUACUACAUUGAUCUUAAAACUGUUAAUAAUACAGCUUUCCGAUAUCUUUGUCCUCAUACUAUUUAAGUGAAACUAUGAAUGAUUCACAAAAACAAUCAUUACAAACACAAGUAUGCCAGAGAUUUUCACUUUCAGAGAUUCAAAUAGCCACCCAGGACUUUAAUGAACAUUUAGUCAUCGGUCGUGGUGGGUUUGGAAAAGUUUAUAAAGGUGCCAUCAAGAUCGGGUUAAAUGAUGUGGUUGCUGCCAUCAAACGGUUGCAUGUCGAUUCCUGUCAAGGAGCCUCCGAAUUUUGGGCAGAAGUUGAGAUGCUUUCUAGGUUGAGGCACUGUAAUUUAGCAUCUUUGCUUGGUUAUUGUAAUGAAGGAGAAGAGAUGAUCGUUGUGUACGAGUAUAUGCCACUGGGAACCCUUGAAAGCUUUCUUCAUAAAAAACCUGUCACUUCUUCUCAUUCUUGGUUGUUACUACUCAAGAUAUGUAUAGGUGCAGCUCGCGGGUUAGAUUACCUUCACACUGGGACAGGCACUAAACAGGGAAUUAUACAUCGGGACGUGAAGAGCUCCAAUAUAUUAUUGGAUGAAAAUUAUGCAGCCAAAAUCUCAGACUUUGGGUUGGCCAAGGUAAGCCCUACUAAUCAGACGCAUACGUACGUUAGCACUGGAGUCAAGGGCACGUUUGGGUACAUGGAUCCAAGGUAUUUCUAUACGAGCAAAUUAACAAGAAAAUCCGAUGUUUAUGCUUUUGGGGUUGUAUUGUUUGAGGCGUUGUGCGGGAGGCCAGCAGUGGACACGAGUCUUGAAGAAGAGAAAUGGGGUCUAGCUGCAUGGGCUCAAAGUUCUAUAAAAGACGGAAAAUUGUCUCAGAUUGUGGAUUCUAGGCUGAAGGACCAAAUAUCGACUAAUUGUUUGAAGGAGUUUGCACAAAUUGCUGUAAGUUGCAUACAUGCUCAUGCAAAUCAAAGGCCUAUCAUGUCUGAGGUUGUAGCAAAACUUGAGCUUGCAUUGUCACUACAAGAGAAGUCCGAUCCUUGUGCUGAAAACGGUAAAGUGAGGAAGAAAGUAGGGUCAAGUUUCAGUUCUAAAGUCACAAAAUUUAGUAAAUUGAUCAGAGCGUGUGUGGCAACAAGUGAAAGAAUUGAUGAAGUUAACAAGUUAGGCCUAAAACUAGGGUCUAAAGUAGAUGCAGACAGCGAGUAUGGUGGACAGUUGGUUCAUUUCGACAGUGGGUUUGAUUUCACUAUUUCCGAGUUGCUUACUGCGUCUAAUAAGUAUCUAAAUGGAAAUCGCUACUGCAGAACAUAUGUAGCAUAUCUUGCAGAAGAUUUUCAAGUAAUUGUAAAACGAAUACUAACUGAACUAAGCCGAAAGAAAUUUGUGUCUAUAGUUUCAUCUCUUGGUAAGCUUCGUCACCCAAAUGUAUUGAACCUCACUGCCUAUUACUGGGGAAGAGGGGAGACAUUAUGCGUCUACAAGUUUAUACCCAAUGGAACUGUUGCAUGUCUCAUACUACCUUUUGAAACUGAGGGUAGGCCUAUGAUUACUUUUGAUUGGGCGACUAGGAUGCACACGAUUUUGGGUAUCACAAGAGGCCUUUUCUACCUUCACAACCAAGAAAAGAUAGUUCAUGGAGAACUAAAAUCGGGCAUUGUAUUAUUCGAUGAGUUGUACAAUCCAGUGAUUUGUAACGUUGGCAUCUCAUGGCUUAUGCCUGCCACACCACGGAGGUUUCGAAACAAUUGUGCACCAGAGUUCACCGGAGUAGCAAAUGCUACAACAGAGAUUGAUGUAUAUAGCCUUGGUGUAAUAAUGUUAGAGCUUUUAACAGGACAGAGUACUUACAUUGGUAUCAAUCCGAUUGAUUUGCCAUCUUGGGUGAAGUCGAUACCAGCAGAAAAGUGGUUUGAUCAAGUGUUUGAUGAGAAACUCAUGCAAGAAAACUCCAACAAUGGAAAUGUGUUGGUCAAGGUAAUGGCGUUAGCUCUUCAGUGUGUUGAGUAUAAUCCUAAGGCAAGGCCGACAGUGAAAGAUGUUCUUUGGACAUUAGAAGAAAUCCAGGUAUAG